AAUGCCGUAAUAAUUAAUCAACAUCCUCUUAUUCCUGCAUAUGAUAGGCAAUAUUAUUCUGCAGACCAAAUUUACAAAGCUGCUGUUCGAGAAAUUUAUACAUAUUGUAAAGAUAAUAAUCUUCAAUGGACAUG